AUGGCGGUACUAACGCAUACAGGGCCAGCAAACCUCAACUACCAUCGAGUCAAUUUUAUCUGGAUGGCAACAACGCUUAAGCCUCCCCUGUUUUACACGCAGGGCAUUCUCAAGUGUCGUACUGGGCAACUGGGAUGUCCCAAAUGGCUGGAUGCUACCUUUACAGACCGACCAUCACCUGCCUACAUUGCCAUCGUCAUCUUAAUGCUGGAUGUUGGCCCAAGGAAGAGUAUCCGGAACAAAGAGCUCGAUACCGCCUGGUACCUUUUGUUGGGGAUAGUUCUCGCUCAUGCUGGCAUGGCCCUUGGUAUAUAUCCAUCUGCCUCCUGGCUUACUGACCUGGUAACCGUUGAUUUCAUCUACACCUAG